GAUAUUCUAUCGCUUCACAAUCAGUACCGCGCCUCUCACCACGCACAGCCGCUCUCCUGGUCGUCCUCCCUGGAGUCCUCCGCACAGAGCUGGGCCAACAACCUGGCUGGUGGCUGCGCCUUCUACCACAGCGGCACCCAGGGCGUGGGGGAGAACCUGGCUGCGGGUAGGCGCUACAGCGAUUGGGCUCAGGCAGCUAGCGCCUGGUACCAGGAGAUCAAUCAGUACAACUUCGGCAGCCCCGGGUUUUCUGAGGCCACCGGACAUGCCACCCAGAUGCUGUGGAUGGGCACCACUGAGCUUGGCUGCGCCACAGCUGUGUCCGCCAACGGUUGCUCGCUGCGUACCGUCUACGCGUGCCACUACAACCCCCCAGGUGAAUAA